AUGGAACCUGUAAACGCUCCUCCAUUUGUUCUUUUUCGAGGGUUGUUGCUCUACGCAAUUUUCAUCACCGCAUUAGAGUCAUCCACUGUUUCUCGAUCAGCAUACUUCACAACGUUGACAAAUAAGCAGCUUAAAGGCUUUGUGGUAAAACGGUUUGAGUCUCUUGGUCAAAUUUGGUGCAGUCAGUCUUGUUUGAAAAACGCCUGGUGUACUUCAACAAACUUCAAACUUGCUCCUAAAAUUGCUAAGUCUGAUGGCAAAGGAACUUGCGAACUAAACAAGCACGAUGGCUCUGCUGUCAAAGAAAACAUGUUUUUGCAGUUCGAGGAAGGUGCCAGUUUCUCAGUGCCUCUUAAGGUAACGAACAGCCUAAAAUGCCUCAUCUGGCUUUAAAGGGCUCCGCAAGUUGACGCAACUGCAGUUCAAUUAACAUUUAAAUUGUUAGUUGGCGUUUAAUUUUGAAAUUAACCUGCGUGUCUUCAUAUCGCUAAUAUUUCAUUUUUAAAAUGAAUUGACUCAUUUUAGCUUAAGUCUUUGGCACCAUAUUGUAUGUUUUUUUUUCAAUUUUCAGAAUUGUAAGGCUGGAAAGUGAAAAUUCAUGACCACAGCACUAUAAUUGAAGUUGAGCAAAAACCUAUCUUGUAUGUGAAAAAUAGAUGUCUUCAAUUUCCUCCAAUUAUGGGCGCAUAUGAUUGGAAAAAAUAACUGCUCUUGAACAAAAAAACCCAGAGCAUAGCUACUUUAUAAAAGCGUUAGUCGGCACUUUCUAUCGAUUUACCAGCCUAAUAAAUAGUGCGAGGUGUUGGGAAAACACGAGUAUUACUGUAAAUCAUGUGUCAAAAGCGAUUUUUGUGCUAACAUAUCCCGUGUGCGAUAUCGUCGCUAAAAUGAUAACAGGCUCGAUUUUUUGCCAACUAGCCAACAGGUGCUCUUCACGGCAAAGUGUGUUAGAGAAAAUUAGCAUACAUUUUUAAGACUACUACCCUUCUCAACGCUUUUUUUCGUUUUUGAUUUGCUAACAAUGAAUCUUCUUUACAAAGAAAUUAUUUACGCUAGAUUUCUGCAUUAUUCUUGAGUAUUCUGAAUUACGAGCAGCUGGCAUCAGACAAAAUUUAAUCCUUGAUUUCGUGUAUGCCACGAUCUUAAUACAGUCGAAGUGCGAGCAAUAAAAAUCUAACUUUCCGUUUUUUUUCUGUUGUUAAGUUUUAAUCAGAGCUGGUAUUUUUUUGAAAGCGAAAUGAAUGUAUGCCUUGAAUAAUGACAUGAAUUGACAAACAACGAGGAAAAGACAAGAGAGCAAAAAUUAGUCACCAUUUCUUAGACGAAGGGCAAACCUCACCUUGAAUAAGGUAAUGCCGGCUUGUAUGAAUCAUCAGUUAUACAAAUAUUUCUGUUCAUAAACUUCAUUCACCAUGAUCAGAACCACAGCUUUUUUCUUACUUCUGGAAACAUGCUUAAUAUUUCGCUCAGGAAUUAAAGCACGGAGAAAAUAAAGCUAUCAGACGCCGCAAAGAUUGAUUAAUUUCAGCAUAAGCCGAAGAAAGAAGACAUUGACCUGCCUCUGUCAGUCUUGACAAAAUAUGUUUCUGGCGUGUAAAAAUUCGUUUGACAAAAUCUAUGGUCUUAUCGGCUACUGUUCAGUCUACGUGCUAGCUUUUUGAAUUCUCAUGAAAAAUCUUUCGGACUGAAGGUAACAUAUACUGUGCAGGUCUCAGAAGCUGUUUUUUCUUGAGGAGUCUAAUUUAACAAAAUUGUAAUUUGUGCCGGCGACGGGUUAAGCAAACGGGUUAGUUGUUUUUGUUUGUUUGUUUUUUAUUUAAGUUCUGCCAAAACAGAUGAUAAAUUUUGGCACAUAAGGCUUGCGGCAUCAAAACAGCUAUUCAGUGAAAGGCGAGCUCAAUUUUCUUUUUGAAAGUGGUAUUAGUGCAUUAUGGAGAUCUUCUCUAAUUUCAUUUCUAUACUGAUAUGGAUGGAUGUGUAGAUGGGUGAUUGGAUGGAUCAGAAGUGACCCAUUAGAUGAAAGGAUGGAUGUUUCAAAGAAAACACUUAUCUUUCCAGUAGUCUUUAGAAUCUGUCAGUUGGUUAAACAAGAGGAACAAACAAAAAUUUAAAUGCCCUGUUUCAAAGCUGGCGCUAGCCCUCCAUCUUUCGCUCUGACGAAGGGCUAACGCUCGAAACGUCAGCUUUCAACUCUAGGGAGGCCAAGUUACGUCAUCUACUCAGUUGAUAAUAUUGAAUUACCUUGUUAUACUCUCCUACAGAAGCAGCAUCUCAGUUUCUUUAGAAACUUACCCUCUUUAUAUAAUUUUAAAUGCAUUAUUCUUUGUUACAGGCUAAAUAACGGCAGAAAUCGACCAUUACAUUUUCAUUGAUACGGCAAUUAAUUUUUGGUCCGAAAUAUUACAUCGAGCUCGAAUCAUUAAGUCCAAGAAAAAAGCUGAGAACUUCUUUGGAAUAAUUCCAAAGUACAUUCAUAUUCGUGUUCUGAACAGUUUUUUUACACGUAUUGUCUGUCACUGCUUCUUGUUAGGGCUGCCAAAUAACCGACAGUUGUAAAAAUGGAGGUGCUUGCUUGUAUGACGAGAAGAAACAAACUUAUUCAUGCAAGUGCAAGCCCCCUUGGACCGGAGAAACUUGUGCUGAGCUGGGUAAGAACAACUUUGAACAGUAGAAUGCAGGUGGUCAAGUUCUUUCGGUCAAGUCAAAUACAACGCAAAAUAUUUGUCUCCGAGACUUGAAAACAAACAGAUAAAAAAAAAACAGAAAAACGAAACAAUACAAAACGGAGCUUUUUAAGAGAGAAGUUAAAUAGAAAACUGACAAGAAUGGAAAAGAUAUGGGGGAUUCAAAAUUUAUGUGUGUAUGUAUAGUUUUUUAUUUGAAAUAAAUCGCAAGUGUCCAACAUUUCAUAUUUUUUUAAGUUAACAAAAUCAGCAGAUCUGAGUUUGAUAUCUAUUGAAAAAUGACCGAUCACAAAGCGUUUUGUACAUGGCAUAGCGGAAAAAUGACUGAGCGUCAGCGGAGUCAAAUCGGCCCCACGCCUUUCAUGUAAGGGUCCACAAUUUUUCUAUAUUCCUUUUGCAUUAACGUUGCCUAGGACGUUUAGCAAAAUUGUGUUGACGAAAAUUCUAAACGUUAUCUUAUACUCCCAAAAAGUUACUUGUGACAGCCAUCCCUGCAAAAACAAUGCAACUUGCACAGAUGGAGUCGACGGAUAUAACUGCAGCUGUGCACCAGGAUUUUACGGGACACAGUGUGAAAAGAUUGAAGGCCUGUCUUGUUCAUCAGGUUUGUAGAGACGUGUAUCGUAUUGUGAUGACAUGUUCUGAGAGCGCAAGCUUCCUUCUACAAAGCGAAGUCUCGUGGAGAUGGGCGUGACCAUUCAACAUUUUAGAGAGUUUUAGAUUGGACAUUAAUUAUAGGUUAUACUGUAGCUGUGCAUCAGGAUUUCAUGGAACAAAGUGUGAAAAGAUCGAAGCUUGUUGUGUUUAACAGCUUUGUAGGGACGUGAAAGAUAUUUCAUAUGAUCUACAUGAAAAUCGUCUGUUUGGAUCCCUGGAGUUCAGCAACAGGCUUUGGUGGUUUUUUGCAACAGAUGUGCUUUUAGCAAUCAGACUAAACAGAGUUAUUACAAACAAAUGCAUGUCAUUCAACAAAUUAUGCAUCUACUAGACGUGUGCCUAAAAUGUAAUUUAUAACUUUAAAAUGGUUGAUCACAAUAGUAUAGUUAAUAAUAUAUCAGCUGCCGAAAAGCAACAGUUGCUCCUAGGCCUUGUCAAUCUAAGGUAGUUUUUGAGCUAAGUGGUAUUCCUCUUGUAUUCUGCAUAGCCAUAUGUUUCAAAGGCUCCUAAGUGUUUUUCUUUUUCGGUUGAAGCCAAUUUUUUUACUGGAUCUCUUAUACCCCCCUUUUCGCUCAUUGCGUUGAAACACAGGUGGAAACCUAAAAUAAUUUAUGCAGAUGUCAGAAUAUUUAUUGGCAAGAGGUCCUGAUAUUUGCUUGUGGACUGUUUGAAAUCUAGUCUCUAGAGGUAUUAAUUCUCAAUAACAAUGGUUGACAAACGAUAUAUACAAGGUACUCAAUCCUGGACCGUAUCUUCUGAAUUGAUUCAUGAAAUUCUUUUUAGAGAACAUAGGAAGGGGCACUUCCGCUUUAUAAAUCAUUCAUUUUUUUCCCCACAGCCUACCGGAUUAUUUUUAAACAGUCUACCACCGAAAGUUAUGCCAUCAAAGCAAAUGCCAUUUCAUCUAAUCUCACGGAAUUUACGGUGUGCCUUUUUGUUAAAAGGAAGGAUAUAAAUUCAAGUCAUUACCAGUGUGUCUACAGCUAUGCAGAAGCUUCUGGUUAUGAUAUUGGAAAUGCCAUAUAUGUCUGUUUGAAUACUCCAAAUAUUGAGAUCAAUGUGGAUAACCGCGGAUACAGGUAAAUGAUGUAUCAAACCCAACUUCUGAAAAUGGAAUUGAGAAAAUUCUAACGCUCAGCGGAACUCUCUUUGACUUUUUCCGGGGCGCUUAGCAUUGUAAUGAAGCAAUUUCUCUGGAACUAAAGGAUGGGGGGAAAACGCAGUGCCAUAUUAUGAUAGAACGAAUUAACGAGAACAGCCAACGAAAAUGCUCGGGAAAUGCAGGAGAAUUUUGAUGAAAAUAUACUGGCUUUUAUCGAAGUCAGAAAACUAUAACUGUAAUGUGGAUAAAACAGUGCAUGCUUUGGUAAGGGGUAUCAUCGAGAAAGAAACCAAAACAAAAAACAAUGAUGAUUUCAGCCAUUCUAAAGCAUGAUGUUCUUCCUCAAUCAACCUAAUUGAUAAAAAGGCCUCAACCACCAACGGUAGAUAUUUGGAAACCCUUUCUUUCGCACUACAAUGCAAAAAAUCACAAGGAAAAUGAAGAGUAGUAAAACAAAAUUAAUAACAAUGACUUGAGCUAUGGUGACGGCCAUGAUUUUUGGAGAUGGACCCUACUAAAAUGGAAUUAGCCUUGAUUGGUAGUAUUGCAGCCAUUAAAAGCCGUUUAUUGAUAUGAAAUUUUAAAUUUGUCUUUGAUCAUUUUUUAAGUGGUACAAACACCGGAGUCAAGAUCAAUGACACUAUGUGGCAUCACAUCUGUGUUACCUGGAGAAGCACAAACGGCGCCUGGCAGUUUUAUCUGGAUGGACAACUCCAAAGCAAUGGAACAGGCUUGAAAGAAAAUCACCAGAUUCCAGCUGGCGGAACAGUUGUCAUUGGACAAGAUCAAGAUACAGUUGGAGGGGGCUUCCAAACCGCUGAUAGUUUUGGACCAGGUGAGGUUACAGAAGUUAAUCUUUGGAGCAGAGUCUUAUCAGCGAGUGAUAUUGCAGCACAGUAUGCAAACUGUCACAUAACCAAAGUCGGCCUGAUGCACUGGUGGGAACAAUUCAAAGAUGGCGUUUCAGGUGUGACAGUAGUCAAGCCUUGAAUGGCGAAAUCAUUGACUUUUUGCGCGUAGCAGAGUCCAAGAGUUAUUGUGAGAAUUCAUGUUGUUUAUAGGACAACAGCAAUAAUAUCUCUUCACUCCUUUAUAAUUGUUAAGCUAAUUUAGAUUAAUAUUUAUGAUGCGUAUUAUUGAUUAGGUUACUGUAGCUAACUCAUCAGAAGUAAUUCAGAAUAAACUAAUGCUGGAACC